AUGGCAAUGAUCCUGGAGGGCGUGAAGAGGUACUACAGCUCCCUGUGGUCAACCUUGUACGUGCUGUUCCAAUCAGUCUCUGGCGGCCUUGAUUGGGGGGAGCCCGCAGCGGUGUUCAUCACCAUGAACAACUACUCUGCUGCGAUAGGUUACUUGUUCUUCAUCGCGCUGGUGGCAAUGGCUGUGCUGAACGUGGUGACUGCGGUGUUCGUGGAGUACGCCAUGAAGAUGGCGGCCGAGGAUCGGGAUUUGGUGAUCCAGGACUACUUGGACAAACAAUCCAAGUACGCCAAGGCCGCCCGGGCUGUCUUCACGGAGGCGGAUGCAGACGGAUCCGGCACGAUUACCUUCGAGGAGUUCACCACUCACUUGCAGGAUGUCCGCGUGCAAGCUUUCCUGCAGAGCAUGGAGUUGGACGGCAUGGAGGCGGUGCGGCUCUUCCGGCUGCUGGACGCCGACGGGAACGGCGCCAUCGAGGUCGAGGAGUUCGUGUCUGGGUGCAGCUGCCUGAAGGGCAUGGCCAAGACCAUGGACCUCGCCAUGUUGCUGCGAGAGCAGCGCAAGGCCAGCCGGCGUUUCAUCAGCUUCAUGAGCGACGUGGACUUGAAGUUGACCCAGAUUCUUUCACACACGCAUCAUGCGCAUCAUCAUGGGCAUCGUAGUUCUGGACCCUCGCCGAAAGCCUGA